AUGAUCCCAGUAGGGCUGUUGUCACUCUCCUUGGCAGUAGUACCGUCCUCUGCCGCCCUCCUUUACGUGUCUUCCUAUGCCGGUACCAUCACCACGCUAAGCCUGACGAUUCCUAGCGGCAACGCAUCGUCUGCCACACUCGAAGCCAUUUCAACGUCGGAUGGCUGCGCCCCCAGUCCCGCGUGGCUCACCCUCGACUACCCCAACUCGCGUCUUUACUGCACAGAUGAGGGGUUGACGACACCCAACGGUACCGUCUCGUCUUUCCAAACCAGUGACGAUGGAAGUCUGGUCCAGCUGGACAAGAUUGACGUGAUUUCUGGCCCUGUUAGUGCUGUUAUUUACGGCGAGGGUGGAGACGGAUUGGCUUUGGCGCAAUAUGGAGGCUCCUCCUUCACCACCCUCUCGAUCGCGGACGCAGCAGCUUUGACUGUAUUGCAAAGCGAGACGUACAAGCUUUCGCAACCAGGGUCUAACCCCUCGCGCCAAGAGGCUUCCCAUCCGCAUGAAGCCCUUUUGGACCCCACCGGCGACUACAUUUUGGUACCAGACUUGGGGGCUGAUCUUGUCCGCAUCUUCAAGGUCGAGGAAGGCGGCCUCGAAUGGACAUCGGUCGACCCCCUUGUCACAGUUCCCGGAACUGGACCGAGACAUGCCGCUUUCCUUGCUACGGACGAGAAGACGUUCAUGUAUCUUGUCGGUGAACUGGCCAAUACCAUCACUGGUUACGAAGUUGUGUACAAUAGCAACUCGACCUUGAGCUUUGUUGAACUUUUUGCCAUCAACACACACGGUGAAGGGGAAACUGUUCCCAAGGGCACUACCGCCGCCGAGAUCGAGUUAUCACCGGAUGAGAAAUUUCUCGUUGUGUCUUCCCGCGGGGAAAACUCCUUCACCAUUCCCAACUUCGAUCCCACCAACAGCACAGAGAUCAUUUCAGAUGCCAUCAUAUCAUUCUCAUUAGAUCAUGCGACGGGGGGGCUGACCCACGUGCAGACAGCACCAUCUGGAGGGCGGAUUCCCCGCCAAUUCUCCAUCAACAAGGCUGGUGAUAUGGUUGCCAUUGGCCUGCAGUCGGAUGGCCGCGUCGUGGUGGUCAAGCGAGAUGUCCAAACUGGGUUGCUCGGCAACUUCUUGGCCAGUGCUGACAUUGCGGGGGAGGUGACUGCCGUAAUCUUCGAUGAGUAG